CUUCUUUCUCGACACUCUCACUCCACCACCGCAGAUUCUCUCUCUCUCAUCGAUAAUCGAAGCUUCUCCUUUGCGUCGCCCUCACGUACUUCAUCGAUUCUCAUCAUUACUCUUUCUCCAUCUCUAAAGAUCUGAAUCCAUUCGAAUCUUCUCGAUCCACAAUGGCGGAUGAUAAGGACAAAGGCGCUGAAGGCGAGAAGAACGACGCCGUCCCGGCGGUGCCGAAGAAGAAGGGGAAGGGAUUCUUCGCCAGAAUGCUUACCGGAAUGUUUCGGCACGGCGACGAUUUCGAGAAGCGGCUGCAGUAUCUCUCCAAGGAGGAGGUAACUGUGGUGAACAGAAUCAACCGGAGGGCUCUCAAUCGGAGAAGCUUCACCAGAAACGUUGUUGCCUUCUCUAUCUUCUUCGAGGUUAUUGCAAUUGGUUAUGCUAUUGCCACAACGAGAACCACUGACUUGGACUGGAGGACGAGGACAUUUCGAAUUUUGCCCAUGUUUCUCUUUCCUGCGUUGUCCAGUCUUACGUAUUCAACAUUUACGAACUACACAAGGAUGCGUGAUCGCAAGGAUAAUAAGACACUGGAAAGGCUCCGGGCUGAAAAGCAAGCAAAAAUUGAUGAACUUAAAGAGAAGACCAACUAUUACACUACUCAACAGCUUAUUCAGAAAUAUGAUGCUGACCCAGCAGCAAAGGCAGCUGCUGCAACUGUCCUGGCAUCUAAGUUGGGUGCUGAUUCAGGCCUACGAUUCCAUGUAGGUGAUGAAUCUAGAGCGAACGCCCCAUCUGGGAGAAGCAAUGAUGUUGAACUUGUACAUCCUGGUGAACUUCGGAACCGAAAAACAGGACUGACCAGAUCUACCAGUACAGGGAGUGCACAUAUGCUUUAUCCUGAGCAAGAGACUCCUCAGUCUGUUGGGUCAGAGGGUCCCCAGACUGCUGAGCAUGGUCAGCUGGUAGUUGCUCAUCAGAAUCCUCAAUCAUAUGCUACACAAGAUGGAAAUUGGAUUGCUCGUUUAGCGGCAUUACUUGUGGGCGAGGAUCCUACACAAUCUUAUGCCCUCAUAUGUGGCAAUUGUCAUAUGCACAAUGGGCUUGCUAAGAAGGAGGAUUUCGCAUACAUCACUUAUUAUUGCCCACACUGUCAUGCUCUAAAUAGGCCAAAACAUUUGGAAGGGGCCGGUACUGGUUCUAGCUCUCCUGAUGCGGGAUCUAUGAUAGCAGGGGACGGGAGUUCUGCAGCAAACCAAGCCAGUGGUUCUUUGAAUGACAGUGUAGUUACAGGUACUAGCCCGGUCGGAGCGGGUACCAGCCCUGUCGCAGCAGGUACCAGCCCUGUUGCAGCAGGUCAUGAGAUUGAGCAAAUAAAUGAGGUGCUUGUGUCGGGUGAUACAGAUACAGUUAGUUUAGAAGAAAAACACGAGUAGGGUAAAGAUGUUCCCUUUUUGGAUUAGGCCUCCUUCCCGUUUGCUUGUAGGUAUAUGGGGGUUUUGUUUUCUGCUGGAUGGAUUUAUGUGGGGCUUGCCUUAUAUGCGAUGUGUACAAGAAAAUGUUGAGAUCUUACCCAAGAGACCUCUGGAGCUUUAUGAUCAUGGAUUACAUUGGUUGUAACUUUUGUACAUCUUUGAAUUUUCAUUUUCUGAAUUUCUCAGUUCAAAUGUUCGAGCUGGUACGGUAUAUGAGUUGCUGGUAUACGGUAUACUAUCUAACUUCCUGAAUCCAGGAAGUAGAACUUACUGCUGUAAUGCAAGUAUUACUAAAGGAAAUGUUGUUUCAGCUCAGAUUUUUUACCUUGGAAAAUCUAAAACAUGUCAAG